AUGGAUCGAAUUAAUGAUUUUUCAAAAUCCUUUUCUAGUCCUUCUACUCCAUCUGGACAACAAUUUUUUAUAACAUUUAACGAUAAUUCAAGUAAUAAUAGUAAUUCUAUUCCAAAAAACAAUGUUCCAAGAAAUAAUGAUGUUCCAAAAAAUAAUGUUCAAACACCACCAAUGAUAAAAGUUAAUGCUCCAUUUUCAAGUACCAGCUCUACUACAAUAUCUGUACGAAGAAUAAAGACGCCUGGACAAAAUAAUGUUAUAAGAAAACAAGAAACUGUAUCUGGUACUCAAACUACACACUUUCGAAAAUCUACCCAUCGUCUCGAGUUAGUUUCUUCUAGAAUGCGACUACAACAGCAACAGCUACAACAACUGCAGCAGCAACAAAAACAGCAACAAAAACAGCAACAACUGCAGCAACAACAGCAACAACAACAACAACAGCAGUUGCAACAACAACUACAUCAACAACAGUUGCAACAACAACUACAUCAACAUCAGAUGCAACAACAACUGCAACAACAACAGUUGCAACAUCAACUGCAACAACAGUUGCAACAGCAACAGCAACAGCAACAGCAACAACAAAAGCAACAGCAACAUCAACAGCAACAUCAACAGCAACAGCAAAAGUUACAGCAACAGCAGCAAAAACAAAUGACUUCAAUCUCUCAACAAAGUGUUGUACCUAAAAAGUUAUAUGAGGAAUUCGAUCCUAAAAAAGCUGAUUUAGUACUUUUAAAAUAUACCAAGGAAAUGCUUAAAAAAUAUAUUGAAGAAGAACCAUCAGGAAUAUUAAGGAAUGGUGAAUGCACGUGGUCUGAGACCGAACCUUAUAUCAGAGAAGUUCAUUUCCCUAAAUUUAGGAAAUAUUUGAAUGAUAGAGGAAUACAAGCUCAGGAUAUAAUUAUAUCUAAAUGUCUUAAAGAUUUGCAUAUAUCACGUCGUGAUUUAUGGAACAAAAAACAAAGAAAAUUACGUGAACUACGUUCUAAAGAACAAUUUGAUAAUGUGGAAGCUCAAUCACCUAGGUCAGAUGGUUAUGUACCAUUUAAACGUAAAUAA